AAUAUAUAUAUAUAUAUUGUAAAGAGUUUUUAAUCUUUCCCUAAUAUUUUAACUUUUUCCAAGAUGUUAUAAAAACCGGAAAGAGUUAUAUGGAUAUGUAUACUUACAAUUAGUUGUGUAUAAAACAGUUCAUCAAUUUUUAUACAAUGUAAAGAUGAAUUGUAAUAUAAACACGCCUAAGUACGAAAAGAAAACGGAGUUCUCAAUCUUCAUUUGAUCAAAGACAAAAUCGAAGCUAUUAUACCUAUCAAACGUUUGUACUCUUAAAAUUAUUCACAAUUUACAACUCAUUAAUCUGAAGACAGUCACAUAACAAACGAGAGGAAGCCGUGACGAAAUGAUUAGGGAAUACUUAAGGGAUCGGUAUAAAUUUUCCAAGGGAAAAUCGUACUAAUCGGGAUUUACCGAUUGGAUUAUGAAAUCAUGCUUUCUAUGGUUCUUUCCGGUAUUUAUUGCAACUAUUCUCGUUAAUAUAGGAAGGGUGAUGGGUGUUAAUACUUUCAAACAUGAACAAAACAUUGGCACGGUGUUAUUUGAGAAAAGUGAUACAGCUAAACAUUGUUGGACCACGGAGGAAUUUAUUAUCUUAAAUAGUCGACGAAUGUUUCAAGAUCUCUUACCAAAGGUGAAAGUUCUAAAUUAUGAGAACGAUCGGUACAUCGCGCUGCUGAUGGAUUACUUUCACAUUUGUCUGGAAAACGUGCGUAAGCUGUCGAUAGGAAAAACGAAGCACCUGAUGCUGAAAGCCCUGGCGGACACGAUGGGCGGUUACUUGCAGGUUUACAUUUUGCCCCUCACCAAACACUCCUAUUACGCGGGCAACGUAAAGUACCGAAAUGCUAGAAAACUAUUCGAACUGUACGAACAGCUGAAGAUUUUUUUACGAAGCAACGGAGCUGGUUGGCUAAAUCCUUCGAAGAAGAUAAAACAGACGAAGAUUCAAGCGAUAGUGAUUACGUCGCCGAAAUCGUCGUCGGUUGCGUGCGAUGGGCUUAUUACUUACUCUGCAUCUUCGAUCGCUAACAAGCGAGAGACGAAACGUUUCACGUUCAAGCAGAAAAAGAGGCAUGUUCCGAAGCACAAAAUUAAAAGUACAAAUCCGAGGCACAAAGAUGAAUCUGAUCGAGACAACGAAUCGAUUAUCAUCCCUCUUCCUUUCCUGGACGACGAUACACAGCCAAAUAGUAUCGCGUUACCUUUUAAGAAGAACACCUUGCAGUCUUUAUACAGUGAACGAUCGACUUUUGCAUUGGUCAAAUACUACAUAGCUAGCGUGAAGUGCAUCGUCUCGAAAUCGAGAGAAAAAACUGAGCUGGAGGCCUUUAAUCGGGAGUUUUACGAUUGGCUGCAGCAAUCCGUGCAACGACACCUUGAUGAUGAGAAAUGGUACCCGGCGUUCGGCGGUGUAUUGAGGGUGAUCGCCUCGUUGGAGGAAGCAGGCGCGGGAACCGGUCCUACUAAGGGAGCAAAAAGUGGAACGUAUGAGAUUAUGCCCAAAACAGGCAUGCAACAAACUAUUGAGCCCGAGGAAGUCGUGCCACCUCUGUACAAAGAAGAGGAAACGGGAGUCCCACUAGGAACGGCCGAAUUAAUAUCGAUUGCAGUGGUGAGCGCGUUACUAGUGUGGUUGCUGGUGGGCUUGAGUUUGGUCUGCUACAGAUUCCUUACGAAACACUCGGACGAGUGCGUCUCAUAUGAACCACAGGAUCCUCCAGUUGCUGUUUUGUACGAAAAUAAAGAAUACUGCCAACCUGAUACGUGUCCAACACAAUCACCUCGUAAGAGUUUGCUGGAAAGAAUUAAGGAUUAUUGGAAGGACAGGUUUGGUAAAUGUCAUGGAGGUUGUCAAGAUCGUAUGGACGAGGAACGUUGUUUAGCCGCAAUUAGUUAUACUAGCAAAGACACGAUCGACGUUAGUCAUAGUAGCAGAAGUUAUCAGAAAAGGAAAAUAAAUAAAUCGGUUUCAGCGAUGUUAUCGUGUCAUCGAAAGGAGCAUGUUCCCAUCAGAAAAGUUUGUUAUAGUUCAGAUGGCUCGUUAACCACGAAUACGGAGAGUCCGGAGAGCAAACCCAGAUAAUAAAAGGUUAUAAGUUUUCAUUUAUCUUUUAAUACAUCCCUUUUUAGUAUGUACGACGUAAUAAAUACAAUCAAUUACAAAUAAAAUCACCUUUCUAAUUAUUGCUAUCUAAGUAUAAUAAUUUUUAAGUACGUUAUAUAAUAACUAGGUAUUUUUAUCCCUUUGAUAAUAAAAUUGUAAUGUUAUGAUA